CUUAAUAUAUUAUAGGGAAUACGCUCGAACCGUGAACGGCAAGUUGUGUGGUGUGUUCAUUAUAAACUUGUGACUUCAUUAUAAAUACACUUGGUAUCUAAAUUUACGAACGAGACAUACUUUAAGACUUAUUGAAGUGACCUGUUUUCUGUAAAUAAUUUAUAAGAUGGCGGAGAAGAAAAAAGAAGGAGAGCCAGAGGGUGAAGAGGAAUUUUCUGUAGAGAAAGUUUUAGAUAGACGCAUCAGAAAUGGCAAGGUUGAGUAUUUUUUGAAGUGGAAAGGAUACAACGAUGAGGAUAACACAUGGGAACCUGAAGAGAACUUAGAUUGUCCAGACCUUAUUCAAACAUUUGAAGACGCCCGUAAGAAGAAAGAAGCAGAGGGAAAAGGUGCUAAAGUUGAAAAGGACCCAAAGAAGAGAAGAUCUACAGCUACACCUGAUUUGAAGGGUGCAAAAAAAAGUAAAAGCGAUGAUAAAAAAGGAAUUGGUUUUGACCGUGGAUUGGAACCAGAAAAAAUUAUUGGAGCUACUGACAGUAGCGGUGAGCUGAUGUUUCUAAUGAAGUGGGAGGGUACUGAUGAAGCAGACUUAGUGCCAGCCAAGCAGGCUAAUGUGAGAUGCCCGCAAGUUGUGAUACAGUUCUAUGAGGAGAGGUUGACAUGGCACACCCCUUCUCCAGAUGAGUGCAAUAAUGGUACUGAAUAAAAGAUUGGAAACGUUGCCUGAUGGAAUUUUAAUAUUCCAAGAAAGAAAUCGGAAAAACAUCCUAUUCUACAGUUUCACAAAAUUAUAUUUUUACUAGUAUCUGGAAAUCUUACUGCUUUAUAUGUAUUCACAUAUGUAUAAUUAGAACUGCACAUAAAAAUUGUCUUACUGCAAGACGCAUUACUAAUUUACCAUUUACUUUAAAAUUGAUAAUUCUUAGGUAUGCUAUUAUUUAGGGACAAUAUCAAAAUAUUUUAUUAAUAAAAGGGUGAGGGUCAGUUUUUAUAAAAAUAGCAUGUAUAUUUUUGUCUGAAUAUAAAUUAAAUUUUGACAGGUUGUUUAGAAGGGCGUACAAAUCUGAUUUGCAUUCUUAUUUCAUAUCAUUACUACAUAAAUGUUUUGGUGAAGGUUAUAAAAUAUUUAACUAUAUCAUCAACUUAGCCAUAGUACUAGUUAAACUUCAAAAUUUGUUUCAUUUCAUAACUUUCAUAAUAGAGACCGAAUAUUAUUUUAAUUGACAAAGUGAUGAAUGCCUUUAGUUGUAUGCUUGUAAUACAUAUACUAUUACUUUAUUUCAGUUUAGCAAUACUAUUUGAAUGUACUUUUUUAACCCAACAAUAAAAGAAACGAAUGUAUUCAGAGCUACAUUACUAAAUACUGUGACUACUACUACUCACUUUGCAACUUCAAACUUACGACAUUUAAUUAAGAUUUAAAUAUUAAGUUAGCAAUUAAAUACAUAAUGAUUUUAAUCUGUACUCAGAAUGUUUACUACUGGAUCAACUGUCUAUCAUAUUAUUUUAUUCUGGGAUAAGGAACAUUUCUACUGAAUUAUGUAUAUGUGUAUUGUGUUUAUUAUCAUAAGUGCUAUGAUGGAGUUUUCCAAUAGGUUUCAAUUGAGCUUGAACCUUAGUAACUGACAGAUGGUAUCUCAUCUAUAUGCUAUGGAAGAAUUUUUAAAUAUCAGUGAAGAAUCAGUUGUUUCAUAUUGACUUGUUGUAAACAACACACAAGUAAACUUGUUUGGCGUCAAUCACGCUAUAGGCGAUUACACAUAGCUUGUGUUUUAGCAGUUUGUGUUUAAAUGUCUAAAUAGCUACAAAUUUUGUGGACCAUCAGAUAUUGAUCGUAUUGUCGAUUUGCACACUUUAUGGCUAAAUAUUGUACUACGCUAUUUGUAGGCUGUAAGUUUAUAUUCAGUACAUACUGAAUGUUUAACAGUACUAAUUGAGGAACCUAGAAGUACAUACCUACAUUGUCAGUAAGUGGACAAGAUUAUUGAUGGGAUUGAAUUGUUGUCGCAGUUAUAUAAGUGGAUAACAUGAUUGAAUUCGUAAAUUUAGUACUAGUACGUAAAGUUUUAUAUGUACCUAAAACUGCUAAAAAACAUCUCCACCCCUGCCAGUGACCGAUAAAAUAAAUGUGGAAGUGGCACGAUGGUAUUCUAAAAUUAAUACAUAGUUCUUACAUGAGUAUGAAUCGAAUACGAAAUCUCUACUUAGAAAUUAAAUAACUCUUACAUUUUAUAAGUAGACUUUUAAGAGUAUGUGAAAUUUAAACUCGCAAGUUGUUGGCACUUGCAUCAUAAAACUAUCGCGUUUACAAUUUUAGGCUAACAUUAUAUCCAUAAUUAUAAAACAUUAGGCAAUAAGAAUCAAAUAAAAGUAAUUUGGUAAA